CGGAAAUGUGUUUCCUCCGGAGGAAACAAAUAAUAGUGGGAACCAGAGGAAACGACGGAGAAGUUCUGGACUGCAAACUGGGCAUUCAAGAUACAAGAAACGCCUGAAAAUUGCACCUACCGUCACUACAAGCGACGCUGGUUGUACAAAAGCCACAACUAACGAUAAAUCACUUAAGACACCAAUCAAUGCUAAUGCAAAGGCUAUCAGAAGUGCUAGGAAAAUGCACCAAAGAAAAGAAAAAAGCCAAAAAUUAGAAAAACAUUGUUUGAACAAUCACACAUACACGUCGCACGAAACAGGGGACAAUUAGAGUAACAUUAUGGCGUCAAAAUAAAAAAACAAUACAAUGGGCAGCAUAGGGCGCAAUCAGCAUUAUAACGUCAGAAACGACAAGCGUUACAUUUUGUCAAGUUUAGUCAACCUAAAAAUAAGAUGCUUUAUUCUUAUCCAAUCCUGGUGAAAUUCACAGAGCA